CAGCUUAAAAUAAAUUGGCAGAUUGUGCCAUAUGAACGAAGUUGUAAUAGUGUAGUUGGAAGUUCUGGGUCCAUAAAUUUAAGAAGGUGCUUGCGUUUUUUGCAUUUGGAAAACAAAACAAUGAUUUUUCAAACUCCCUUCACCAACCUAGGCAACAUUUAUGUAUUGGGGAAUAGGGAAAAGAUGAGCAUAAAGUUGGACCAUUCACCAAUCCUGACUAGGCUCGGUGACUUUUUUAUACUUAACCAAAGGAUGGAAUAAAUUUGAAAAAAAAAAUCCUCAAUAAAUUAUUAAUUUGAUAAUUCAACAAAAUAAUCCAGGCAAAUGAGUAGUGACUGUAGAUUGAGAAGUUUUAAUAGAAAUAAAUAAUUGGAAUGCAGGGUUUAUUAAAUUAAUAUUUACUCUGGACAACACUUGUCCAUUUGCUUUAGGGGGUAUUGAAAAACCAUAAAUGGACUCUAGUUGAUGUAUAACCUGUAAAUAUAAACACUAACACGCUUGGAACAAUGGUGAAGACUAAGUAAAAGGGAUAGGUACUGAAUUGUGUGUGAGAGAUUUAGACUAAAUACCUCGUAAUUUAAAAAAUAGGUGAAUGGGUAGAUAGGAAGGUUUUAGGGGACAGAAACACUUGCCAGGGCAGACCCCUGAAGUGGUAAGAAGCAUGAUCUGUUUGCAGGGAAGUGACACUGAUCUUACUAGAGCAGGGGAGUACUGGCUAGGUAAAGUGGGUUCAGGCUAUGGAAGACCUAGAAAGCCGAGCAGAAUAAUUUUAAGUCAGUGUGAUUGGACAUCCUUUCCACCCCAACCCCCAGUAGACCUGAGGAAUCACAGGAAUAUGGACCAGUGUGAUGACCUAAGGGAUGGAAAGAAACCAUGGGUUAUGAAAAUCAUGUUUAAAGGAUGAAUGGAUAGGACUUGGUAAACUGAAUAGUCCAUGGACAGUGAGAUAGAAGGAUGCCCAGUUUUCAAAUCCCAAGCGCCCGAGACAAUAAGUGUGGCAUGCGGAAGUGAGGGAAAAUUGAUUUACAAUGUUGGAUUUUACUUGAUAAAGAGAUAUUCAAAUGCCAAUUAUUAAGUAAGUAGAAAAUACAGUGUUUGGUGGAACCUAACAGGUCUCUGAUAAUAUUUUGUGAAUAUCUUUCGAUUAAAUAACUUAGAGAUCCCUUCACCUUCUGGGUCCCAGGUCUUUUAGGUAAUUUUGUUUUGUCCAAAUUAUUUACUACCAUACAAAGUUACCAUGGUAUACUUGGACUAAAUUUUUUUUAUUUUUUCUAUAACUUGGCAAAUGACAUUUUAAAAUUUAGGGCAAUGAACUUUACUGCUUUCUUAAUAUGCAGAGGGAGGGGGGAAAAGCUUUUUGUUUGCAUAUACUAAAAGACCUUAAAAUCAUGUUUUUUUUAAAGAAGCCUUCCAUCAUUAUUCAAUAGUUAGGAACAAGACCUAUCAAAAAGCUUGGUCAUCACCUUCAGAUCCUGUAUGUUUUGAAGUGGAUGCUUCUCAUGGAAAAUUAGAAAACAUGUCAGAAGCGGAUGUCAUGAAUUUCACCAGUCUUUCUCAAGACUUAACUCACUCAGAUUCUCCCUUCUAUAUGGAAACCGGCAGCACUACUUCAGACUUGCCUCAGAAUGAAAUAAAGAAUGUAAAAAGGGAAAAUGAGCCUAAAUUCACACUUUCUGAAGAAAUGUGUAGCACACUAGAUGAUUUGUUAGGUGAUGUCAACAGUGGAAAUUAUUCACGGGAUGUGCUAACUCGACCAAUUGACACCAGCGUUUCUGCCUUCAGACAAUUUAAACCCAUUUUCAAAUAUCAUCAGACAAAAGCAUAUAAUGAUGAAAUAACAUUUCAAAAUCUGACAGGUGGCUUACCUUACAUAGAGAAGCCAGAAUUGCAAAGUCACGUAUAUAAUUAUGCAAAAGACAACAAUAUAAUGGAAGAUUCAUUUAAGGAGGAAAAUCCAGUGGGAACCAACACUUCCACAAAUGAAGACCAAAUUGUUCAUGAAUGUCUCGGGCAACCUCCUAGAAGCCCACCUGUAAUCCACUGCAAAAACGAGACCCUGAAAUUCACGGAAAUGUCACUAACUGAAAAUACUGCCAAUGAAUCUACCUUCAACUCUAGUCAAUCUGAAAGUUUCUUGUGUAAGGAAUAUUAUGUACACAAUGAUGUUGAAAAACCAUUUUAUAAAGAAAAUAGCUUUAACCUGUAUGACCUGAGAGCUAAUUAUAAAACAAAGGCGGUUGCAGUUUCUUCAAAAGGGAUACAGAAUUCUUGGGAGAUUCCUGAAAUGUCAGUCAGUCACCAAAAUGAAGUCACAGUGGAGGACGUGGAGAGUCCAGGGAUUGUGUCAGCUUGUUCUCCUGCAGGCAUUUCUUGGAGUGGUGGAGCAUCUUGGGAGGACAAGACAUGUGACACAGAGCAAGACUGGGAAAGCUUACAACCUCUGGAAGAGGAUAUGGCUUUAAAUGAAGUCGUACAGAAAUUAAAACGUACUAACAAAAAGCAGCGAACUGUAAUCCAGAACUUGGAAUGUGCUAACAUGUCUUUAGAGAAGAAGCUUAAAGAGCUGCAGGUGCCAACUAACAAGCAGCUAGUGUUCGCUGACAUCAUAAAUAAGCUAAAGGAGAACAUGGAAGCAUUAAUUGAAGACAAAUACAAAGUAAUGAUAGAGAAGAACGAAACUGACAAGACAUUGCAGGAUUUCCAUGAUAUUUUAACUAACACCCAGAAACACCUUCAGGAGUCUAGGAAAGAAAAGGAAACCUUACAGGUAGAGCUUAAGAGGAUCAAGGGAAAUUAUGUUUGUCUGCAAGAAAGGUACAUAACUGAAAUGCAAAAAAAAGACAAAAUUGUUAGUCAGUACAGAGAGAUGGGCAAAGUCUUAAGCAAGAAAGAAGAAGAGGUAGAGAGGCUGCAGCAACUCAAAGGAGAAUUGGAAAACGCCACCACUUCUGCUUUGGACUUACUGAAAAGUGAAAAAGAGACCCGAGAGCAAGAGUUCCUCUCUUUACAGGAAGAAUUUCAGAAACGUGAAAAGGAAAACCUGGAAGAAAGACAAAAACUGAAAUGUAGACUUGAGAAGUUGAUAGCUCAGUUUAAAAAUGUGCAAUUCAUAUCUGAAAGUGAAAGGGCUAAAAAUACAAAACUUCAGCAGCAGAUCAAUGAAAUAAAAAAUGAAAAUGCAAAACUUCUGCAGCAGAUCGCAAGGAGUGAGGAGCAAAAUUGUGGCCCUAAAUUGGAGAUAGCUCAGUUAAAGGAGCACUUAGAGGGAUUUAUGAAGUCAGAUAUCACAAAGGAUGCAAAGAUGACACAUUCUAAUUUGUUCCUGAAUUGCUCACCUUGUGAAGAAGAGAGCCCGAAUGCCCCAGAUAAGAAAAGGACUCAGCCGGCCUUCAAAAUUCACUAUCUUCUGGCUCUGAUGGCAAGACUUCUCACAUGCCAGGACAUCAGCAGUCCUGAUGCUGAACAUUUUAAAGAGAGUGAGAAAGUUAGUGAUGCAGUUUUGCAAAAAUUGAAGACUUUUCAUCUUAAAAAGAAAAAUUUAGAUGAAGAGCUACGGAAACAUAAAGACAGAAUCGCAACUUUCAGAGAGUUAAUUGCUAAUGAAAAAGCAUUUCAAGAUCAGGUUGUUGACGUUACAGACUUUGAUUCAAAUGAAGCCAAGAACGUCAGAGAUGUACCUACCUUGUUGGGAGCCAAACUGGAUAAGUACCACAGUCUAAAUGAAGAGCUUAAUAUCUUGAUUGCAAAAUUGGGAAAUCUUCUAGAGUCAAAAGAAGACCAUUGCACCAGGCUCAUUGAAGAAAAUGACAAGUAUCAAAGACAUUUAGGCAAUUUAAUAAAUAAGGUUACAUCAUAUGAAGAAAUUAUUGAGUGUGCUGACCAAAGGCUCAAGAUAUCUCACUCCCAGAUUGCACAUUUAGAAGAGAGAAAUAAGCACUUGGAAGGUUUAAUUAGGAAGCCCAGAGAUAGAACCAGAAAACCAAGACCAAGAAGAUUAGAAAAUCAUCUAAAAUCCAUGACUGAGAUGCCAGAUAUUUUAGAAGGAAGUGGAGAUGAUUUUAAUUAAACAGGAGUGAAGAUUAAACAGUAAUCAUUUUUGUCAACCACUCCAGGAGCAGAGUCACUACUAAGCAUAGUACCCAGGUCAAUCCACACAAAUAAUACAUUAAAAUUAUAUAAAUGGUGAAAUUUUACAUUCCAAAAAAUGUGAUUAUUUUCUUUCUAAUUUCGUCCUGUAAACAAUCAAACAUAUUCUACUUUAAUAAAAACAGAUGAAUACAGUG